GACAAAUCGUUGCUUCUGCCAGAGUGAUGUGUUGCAUGCCUCAAGGCAGUGGUGCACCACUCAUCUGUCGUGCACAUCUAGACAUGUGCAGCAGCAAGUCCCCAAGCAGACGCAAUGGCGCACCGGUGUUGGUGCUGUGCUGUGGAUGGGUGAAGCAGCUGGGUGAAGCAGUUUGCGGUUCCCAGGCAUUGGCAUUUAUUUCUCGUUCAUCAAGCAAGACAACCAAGCACAACCCAAGAACAGAGAGCCGCCAAGCACACCCGUCACAAGCAAAGCGACCAAAGACACCGCCAAGCACACAGCCAAGCGCAAGGAACAGCAAGGAUGCCGUCCAACAUUGUGGUUCUCGGGUCCACCGGGUUUGUGGGCACCUCCACCAUCAAGACACUGGCAAGCCGCUAUUCUGCACAGACGCAAGUGCGAGCUGCAACACGCGACCCUUCCUCGGACAAGGCAAAGGCCCUCGCCGCCGACAACGUGAUGGUUGUGAAGGGCGACAUGAGCGACCCAGCCUCCCUGGACAACAUCAUCCAGAAGGACGACGCCGUGUUUGUCGUCACCCCGGGCCACAUUGAACGCACGAAGCUGGCCAUCGCCGGCGUGGAUGCCGCCAAGCGCAACGGUGCCAAGUUUGUGCUCGUCGUCUCCGUGCUCACCACGGGCACAGACAGCAUCUUUGGGCGCCAGUUUGCGCCACUGGAGAAGCAUGUUCAGGAGUGCGGCAUUCCAUACUCGCUCGUGCGCCUGCCAUUCUUCAUCGACAACGCGUUUGGCAACCAGGAGGCCAUCAAGGGCGGCAAGUACUAUGCGCCCGCUAAGCCAGAUGUUGUCUUCACGCCCGUUGCCGUCGCCGACGUCGGUGAGGCCUGCGCCGCCAUCCUGGCCGACCCCUCCAAGCACGCCAACACCAUCUACUCGCUGACGAGCAAGCCCAUGACGCACAAGGACAUUGUUGCUGGGUUCUCCAAGGCGCUCGGCAAGCCCGUCGAGUACGUGCAGGUCCCAUAUGACGCCGCCAAGAAGUCGUUCAUGGACCUCGGAAUGCCCGAGUGGCAGGUCGACGGCGUGCUGGAACUGUUCCGCUACUUUGACGCGUCUGCGAAGGUGACGAACAACCCGACGGACGACAUCAAGAAGAUCACCGGCCACGACCCACUGGAUGCAGAGGCCUGGAUGAAGUCUGUCAAGGGCGCCUUUGCUUAAACCCUGCACCCUCCAUGCAUGCAUGCAUUCAUCGUGCACUCACGCGCGGUCCAUCUCACUCCAUCGAGUGUACUGUUUUGUUGUGUGUAGCCUUUGUUGUUUCUCUGUUGCUGUUGCCUGUGCCCAUAACCUCUCCCUCGGUUCACUUUCAUAUCAAUGUCGCCCUUAAGAAUAAACGCUCUUUCUUCUCGC